UCAGGCCGGAGGACCAUGAGAGGGCCGGAGCCAGGGCCGGGACCUGCGAUGGAGUGGGACGUGCUGGAUACUCUGGAGGCGCUGGGGUAUAAGGGACCACUGUUAGAAGAGCAAGCCCUUGGCAAAGCAGCAGAGAGUGGACUGUCUUCACCUGAGUUUUCAGAGCUUUGUAUUUGGCUAGGCACGGAGAUAAAAUCAUUAUGCAACUUGGAAGAAAGUAUCACUUCAGCUGGGAGAGAUGAUCUUGAAAGCUUCCAGCUUGAGAUAAGUGGUUUUUUAAAAGAAAUGGCAUGUCCAUAUUCUGCACUCAUAUCAGGGGAUGUUAAUGACCGUUUAAAAAAGAAGGAUGACUGUUUGAAACUUCUGUUAUUUUUAAGUACAGAGCUUCAAGCUUUACAGAUAUUACAGAACAAGAAACUUAAAAGUUCUCAACUAGAUAAAAAAAGUGAAAUUUACCAAGAAGUUCAAGCAAUCUGUGAUACCCUUGCUGUACCCAAGUCAACAACUUCUGACGUUCCACUCAUGCUAAGCCAAGUGGAAGCAAAGGUGAAGGAUAUUCUUGCAAAAGUCCAGAACAAUCACGUGGGGAAACCACUGUUGAAAAUUGAUUUAAAUCAGGAAAAGGCGGAACAGCUAGAAAAAAUCAAUGAUGCUCUCUGUUGUGAAUAUGAAUGCCGUAGGCGCAUGCUAGUGAAGCGUUUAGAUGUGACAGUGCAGUCCUUUGGGUGGUCGGAUAGAGCAAAGGUUAAAACAGACGACAUAGCAAGAAUUUACCAGCCUAAGCGGUAUGCUUUGUCACCCAGGACAACUAUUACGUUGGCACAUUUGCUCGCUGCUCGUGAGGAUCUAUCUAAGAUCAUCAGGACCAGUAGUGGCACCAGCCGGGAGAAAACAGCAUGUGCCAUUAAUAAGGUGCUGAUGGGAAGAGUACCUGACCGUGGAGGAAGGCCGAAUGAAAUUGAACCUCCCCCGCCUGAAAUGCCCCCUUGGCAAAAGAGACAAGAUGGCGGCGGAAGGGGUGGUUGGGGUGGUGGAGGAGGUGGUGGUAGAGGAGGUGGAAGGGGUGGCCGGGGAGGUGGUGGAGGAGGAGGAGGAGGUUGGGGAGGUGGUGGUGGUCGAGGAGGGGGGUUCCAUGGUGGAGGAGGUGAUGGAGGCCGAGGGGGCUAUGGAGGGAGAGGAGGCUAUGGUGGGAGAGGUUAUGGAGAUCAUCCUUAUGGGGGAGGUGGCGGUGGUGGAUAUAGAAGAUACUAAAAAUGAUAGGCAUUAGGAAGCAGUGCUUACUUCUGAUAGAUAUAUUAGCAUAGUGUUUUACAUACGAAUAUCAUCGUUGAAGUAAACCUAGUAGACAUUCUGAUACCAUUCUUGAAUUGAGUUGAUGGGUCAGAGCAUUGUUUUAUACUACCAUUUGAUCUCUUGCACCAAGUGAUGCCCCCCCCAUGUUCUAUGUACCCUGCGCAUGCUGUAUCUUUCUAGAAAACGAAAAAUGAACAAAAAUAAUUUCUAAAAAUGUAAAUAUUUAUUACUAUCCAACUUGGAAAAAUGGAAACUAUUUUAUUGUCUUGAUUGAAUUUAGAUUGUUAACCUGUAUUUUAUUUAGGUUUGAGAGCAAAAUGACCCCAUCUGUAAUGGAAAGUAAUAUAGAUUAUCGUCUUACUCGUA